CUCGGUUACAUAAAGAGAGUGUUGAGUUUCUUGAGCAGUGGGUGUUGCUUCAACAAUGAUGGAGACUUUUAUUUUUGGUCGGAUCAUAUCUUUGUGGGUUUAGAUGUGGAAUACAUUAGCCGUGUUUUCAAAAAUACGCAAUCCAGCCGUGUAUAUUAUGCAAGAUAGGCUGUCUCUCAAGCAGUAGCUAAAGCAAAAAGGCAGAGUACAAGUUGGGGAGAAGACACAACACGAUAGAAAAUGUCAUUUUAUUGUAGCUGUCUGCCAUUCGGACACUGGAGGACCAGCAAUGCCUUUGGACGUGGUCGUUUUGGUCGAAAUAAGCGACGCAAGACUUUUAUAAACUCUGCUAUAUUGGGUCAUAAUCAUCGGCAGACGUCAUUUCGACAUCCACUGACUGGGCAGAUUUCUCCAGACAACAUUGAGUACAUACUAACGGAGCAACCAGGGGUCCACAUGUCGAAGCAUCAGACCACCCAAAGGCCGUACAGUAUGGUUAGUGAGGCUUCCACAGGAGGGACCACAUCUGCGCUUGGAAUCACUCCCAUUUCAAAGGUUUUGAAGUCAAGCGGAAAAGUCCACAACUUUGGCAAGAGGGAGCAGUCUAUAAAGAGGAACCCAAAUGUACCAGUCGUUGUGAGAGGCUGGCUUUACAAACAGGAUAGUUCAGGAAUGAGACUGUGGAAGAGGCGGUGGUUUGCACUCUCAGAAUAUUGCCUGUUCUAUUACAAAGACAGCAGAGAAGAGACUGUGUUGGGGAGUAUACCAUUGCCCAGUUAUGUUACCUCACCCGUUGAUCCCAAUGAUCACAUCAGCCGCAAAUAUGCUUUCAAGGCCACCCACACAGGUAUGCGGACUUACAUUUACAAUCAGAACUCUAUUAUUGGCUCGCAGGCAGACCACACUGGCAUGAGAACGUAUUACUUCAGUGCUGAUACUCAAGAGGAUAUGAAUGGCUGGAUCAGAGCCAUGAACCAAGCUGCCCUGAUGCAAGCAUACACCACAAAGAGAGAGACAGAAAAUGGUGAAGGACCUCAUCUUCUUCAAAGCAACCACAUCAACUCGCAUAAAGGCUCGGGCAAGCUUGAGGUCCAUCAGGUCCAUCAGAGCAGAGUGCACGGCCAGAAAACAGACCAAUUUGGGUUUGAGAAGCAUGAAGAAGUAACGAGAGGGAGGAAUGACGAGGAGAGGUACAGCUUCCAUCAAGCACCUGUGGAGAUACCCGUCAGGAAAGGGAAUAGCAGGAUGCAAGAGAGUUUGCCAGAGAGCGACAUGUUUACUGAGCGCCACGCCUCGUCUCGACCACUGCGCAAUGGCACGCUGCAGCCGCCUGUGCCGGGCACUGCCGACCACAAUGGUGCCCCGGUGUACCGGAGGGAUGUUGUGGGCCCAGCCGGCACGGAGAAUGCCCAGCGGAAAAGUUCACUGGUGCAGGUGCAGCACUGGGUGAAGUCACACAAAGGAGAUGAUAGAAGCCUCCCAUCCACCCAAACUCUUCCACACAGAGCAGUAAACCCAGCUCAGCCUUACUCCGAGAGUUAUCAAACUCUGCCAAAGAAUGUCGGGCAGCCUUUGGAGAGCUCCCCUCCCUUGCUUCGCCACCUGCCCAGUGACUACAAGUAUGCUCAGGACCGCGUCAGCCACUUGAGGAUGACACAGGAAGACCGGCGUGCCAACAAGGAGGGCAUGGUGUGGCAGCUGUACGAGUGGCAGCAGAGGCAACAUUUCAAGCAUGGCAGCCCCACUGCCCCAGUCUACUCCACCGAACUCCACCCUGGGAUAUCAAAGUCUGCCUCCGAUGUUCCUCGCUCAAUCUCCGUGCCCCCAUCUCCCUCUGAUCUCCCACCACCCCCACCCCCCAAAACCCUCUCCCCCCGAAGACUCCACACCCCUGCGGAUAGGGUCACUGUGAAACCCUCGAAACAACGGUCCUCUGAUAUCUUCCUGGCAGCAUCACCCAGGGGAGAACACGGCCUUUUGACAAAGAAUUCAGCUCACGUAGACAGGCGUUCCAUGCCUCCCAUGGGUUAUAUGACACACACUGUCAGUGCCCCAAGCCUGCAUGGAAAGACCGCUGAUGAUACGUACAUGCAACUGAAGAAGAACCUGGAAUAUCUGGAUCUCAAGGUGACUGGACAGGAAUCAAUAAGGCGUGCUAUGAAGCCCGUUAAAAUCGCAGAAAGUAGCGCUGAUGCUAAGUUGACCCGGCUCUGUGAUCGGGACAAGAGUCUUCAAGACCUGGAGACCAAGGUUCGACAGUUGAAGAUAGAUAAGGACAAACUUGAGUCGGUGCUGGAUGUGACUCAUCGACAACUGGACCAAUACAAAGGACAGCCCAACCACACCGAGAAGAUAGCAUAUCAACAGAGGCUGCUACAGGAAGACCUGGUGCACAUCAGAGCUGCAAUCUCCAAAGUCUGCACAGAGCUGGAGAAUGCGUGGAAUGAAUAUGAACAAACGGAAAGUGAUGUGAACCAACUCAGAGAGACAAUCGUAGGACACAUGAAGAGGGUUCCAAGCCUCCAGGAUCAAGAACAGAUGAGGAAGGAUCUGUGGAGGAUUGAGGAUGUCAUGGGAGGCCUCAGCGCACACAAGAACAACUACCGAAUGAUUAUUGAAUCCUUUCAGAACCCUGAGAGAGAACCUGUGCCUUCCUCAACAGUGCCUUCCACGUUCAGUAUUGCUGCAAUGCCGGAGAGGAAGCCUGCCACUUGGCCAAGUCCCCCCCUCAGUCCCGUGCUGCCUUCUGUCAACGCUGCCGAAACACGGGCUCAGCCCCAAACACGACCUCAGCUGUACAACGCUCCUGCUCAGCCUCAAACCCUGCCUCCGUUCACCCACAAUCCAAGUUUGCUGGAGGAGGCAGCCCCUCCACGCCCCCCUCUGCCCCACCUGUACAGCCCUGAGGACCACCCCCCGGCUGUGCCACCUCUCCCGCGGGACGCCACCGUCAUCAGGCACACGUCCGUGCGCGGGCUCAAGCGGCAGUCCGACGAGAGGAAGAGAGACCGCGAGUAUGGGAGCUACGUGAACGGAGACUACAAAGCCGAGCUGCGUUCGUACGUGAGUGACCCUGAGCUGGUGUCAGUUGGAAGUGGCCUCAAUGGAAUCCCGGCCGGAGCCUUAAGACUGGACAGUAACCUGCAGACACUGCCUGGUAGAGGGAUGUCCUCAUCGAACUCAGGGCUGCAACAGUUAUCCACCAUUGCCUCUUACGUCACACUACGGCGCAAAAACAAUGAACCCAACUCUAAGGUGCGACCAAAGAGUGCCUUGGAGCGUCUGUAUGGAGAACACCAAAGUGGGCGGAUGAGUGCAGAGGAGCAAUUGGAACGGAUGAAGAGACAUCAGAAAGCUUUGGUCCGUGAGCGCAAGAGGACCUUGAGCCUCGGAGAACGACACUCCACGUCAUCCCAAACUGUGCCCAGGCCUUUCUCUGCUGACGUUGGCUCAUGGAAACGUGAGCAAGACUUUGACAUGCAGUUGCUGGAGAAAGCGGUGAGAGGGGAGCACAGCGGCGUUCAGGAUGGAUGUAUAAAGUCCACGGGGCCGGUGGAGGCGGAUGUGGAGCCACUGGACUACAACCUGGAUCUCAGCAAAGAGCUAUCCAAGCCAGACAUGGUCCUUAUCCCAGAGCGGUACAUCGACAUGGAGCCCGAGGAACCCCUCUCCUACGAGGAAUGUGAAGCACGACGUCGCAAGGUGCAGAAAAUCAAAAACAUUCUCGCUAAAUCAAGUUUUCAGAAUAUGCAGACAGGAGUUAACGUCAGAGAGAGCUCAGUCGAUCUGGAUUCACAUCUGCAGGAACAGGAGCGCAUUAUCACCAUGUCGUAUGCAUUGGCAUCUGAAGCUUCUCAGCGCAGUAAAGUGGUCGCAGCACAUCAGCAGCUCCGUGCAUCAUCUGCACCUUCCCCUCCACACUCACCACUAAGCAAUGGAUUCCACUACACAUUUGUCUGAGCAAACCAAAACCCUGGCUGAACACGAAUACUGAAAGGGCACAUGUAUGGAACGAGGAAGAAUGCGGCCACACCUGCAAAGCUGAUCUGAAGAACAGCAACAAGUCAUUCCAGUUAAUCUGCACCAGCUAACCAGGCGGAAAUGGAAGUGACUUUGUCAACUGGCUUUUUGUACGGAAACGAAACAGAGACAAUAUUUUCAUUAAGAGGCAUUAUAAUCGGGAUAGUAUUGACACUGAAUUAUGGAAUGGUUAUUUAAUUAGGAAGCUAUUUUUCUAAAAAGUUAAAACAUUUAUGGAAGGGAGAUGUUUGGGAGACUCACAUUGGAAACUAAAGUUUUACUCAGCACAGCAGAGAUGUGUGCAGUAGGAUUAAUUUUUUUAAGUAUAUAUAUAUAUAUAUAGUAUUGCACAUUUUUAAAUGUAUAUGACAUGUACACAUACACCGGCACACGCACAAACACCACGAAAAAUUGAUUUGCUGCAUUUUAGAGCAAUGAUAUGCAAUUAUUCAAAACAAUUUUGAAGUGGAGGUGAAAUGCGUUUCCUUAUCUUAGUUUUCAGUUCCAAUGGUUUUUAACAGUGACGACAAAUUCUUUCAAAGGACAAACGCCCGGGCCCUCUUGUCAUUUACAUUAAAGCUCCUGUCUAUUUUUGAAUCUAAAAUCAAAAUGCGAUGUUCCUACCAUUUUUGGAUCGUUUUUAAAAAUAAAUGUAUUUUGUCUGAAUCGAGCACUGCCAGUGUGAUCUUGUCUUGCCAAAACCAAAUAGAUACUAUUGUAAUUGCCAUAGACACUUGCAGAGUGAAAAGCACAGCAGAAAAGGAAAAAAAAAAAUAUUUUGGAAAAUGGAGUGUAGAAACAAUUUUGAGAUCUGUGGAGAAGUGUUGAAUAAUGUAAAUAUGAAUAAAAAGAUUCAACUAACAA